AAGUUGACUAAAUAUAUAGAAUAGACAACAGCGAAAAUCCGACGUUUCUAUCACUUUUCACUACCAAGUAAUUCCCACUUUACUGAAGUUAUGUGAGGUUUGACUGACAAUUUGUCCCGUAACCACCCACUAUGCCACGCCUCAACCGGGCUUGAUAGAAAGUUUCUUAUUUUACCAUAAGUGUUGUCUACUCACACAAUGAUCCUGUAUAAAUAGCAAAGACUAAGAUUGCUUUAUGAGGGAGAAAGAUAGCAAAUACAAAGAAAUGUCCCGUAACCGUUUUUUUUCUGUUUCUUCUGAAAAUCCUUCUCAGUGCCCCUGGAAACCUUGUAGCAAAAAAGCUCUUCCCGCGUUAAGCGACGUUUUCUCAAAGCAUUUACAUUAUUCAACCUGUUUCAUCAAGAGCAAACAUCAACUGUUAGACACCGUUAGAUAGAACAUUUUACGAGUUACAAAAUGAUAUAUGGGAUAGCCUUAAGAUAAUGUAACUGGGUGCUCUAAGAUCCGGAAUACUCGGUAGAAUCCCAGGAAACCGGUAGGUUAACGUCGUUCAUAUUUAUAACGGUGACUAAUUUUCUCGUUAACCACUCUACUUUACACAUCAUUUGAGAGAGAAGUUCUCUAACUUCAAAAUGAUGUAUAAGAUAGUCUUAACAAAAUGUAACUGGUAGUCUAAGAUCCGAAAUACUCAGUAGUUUCCCAGGAAAUCGGUAGGUCAACGUCGCUCAUAUUUAUAGUGUGCCACAUCUGAGUAGAAUAUAUAUAAAGUAUUCUUAUCUCUCUUUCUUAAAUGACUAAACGAAAAGUAUAGAAUAAAGAAAAGCAAUGAAUUUCGCUCUUAUUACAUGUAAUAGAGCCUUAGUAUAUUGCAUAUCUUUUUAAUUCGCACACAACAAUACAAAUUUAACAUACCGUCAUGUUACAUUGUAAUACCUUCCUAAGCGUGGUGGUUUUCAGUGGAUUCAGUUCAGUGCUUAGAAAGAAAAGAACAUUACAGGUUAAAAUGAAUAAACAGUGAGCACGAGAUGAGACAGACAAACAUGAAGAUGACGAAGCUAAAGCUAGCAAUGACCCGCAUUUUCUACAUCUUUCUGUGCCGUCUGAAUGUCGAUAUAUGCACCGCAUUAAAUUUUGUUCUACGCUAAGGCACUAGUAUACAGUAGAUGACAAAAGCCUAUAACGAUAACAGAAAGAGAAAAAUAUAGAUCCGGGAUAGUGAAUCGUACAAUUUCUUCUUGAUUAGAGAAACAAAGGGGAAUGUGGAAUGUGAUGCUGAAAAAAAUGCUUUUUCAUUGCAUCAGACAAUACCUUCAUUGGCGUGGCGGUGUUUUGUGGAUUCAGUUCAGUGACUGUUCAGUGAUUAGAAAAAGAACAACAUUCAUUCCGUUUGGAAUGAAUAUACAGUGAGCGCGAGAUGAGGCAGAUAAAGAUGAUGAUGAAGAUGAUGAAGAUAAAGAUAAUGAUGAAGAUGAUGAAGAUAAAGAUAAAGAUAAACAUGCUGAAGGUAAACAUGAAGAUGAAGAUGAAGGUGAAGCACAUUUUCUUUAUCGUUUUGUGGCGUUUCGCUUUUAUAGGCAGGAUAAUAAAUCAUCCCCACGCAAAUAA